AUGGCUCGAUCUUUUAUCAUCGCGGCGACGCUCGCAUUUGUUGCUGUUGUUCAGGCACAGUGCGGUUCUGGCACUCCGGAUGCUACCGUGACCGGUUCUGGCAACUCUUUCAAGGCCACUAAAGGCUCAAGUUCAGUAUACUCUGGCUCUGACUACCGCGCGGCGGUUCAGGCCGCUGUGGAUUCGAUAAGCAGCGGUCAACGUGUCUCUGUCAUGGCCUCGGGAUCGAUUGGUGCCAAUACUAUCACCAUUAGUAGUGGAAAGAUAUUCGAGGGCUGCGGCACUAUCAACGUUGGAAACCGGGCCGGACACGGUGCAAUCGAGUCGUUGGACACCUCUGGUGUUCAAAUUCCGUACCUUACUAUGACCGGCAAUCCGUACUUUGGCUUGCGGUUUUAUGGCACCAAGAACCUAGUUCUUGGGAAAAUCACGAUGAAUCUUAGCGGCGGUUUGGGCAUCCGCUUCGACAGAGACGCAGCUGCAAACUCAAAUGUGAAGAUGGAUGUCAUCAAAGUUACCGGUGCUGGCAGUCAUGCUGUAGAGACCUGGAAUAUUGAUGGUCUUGAAAUCAACCAAGUCAUCGCGAAAGAUGUCGGCGAGUGUGGAUUACUACUCCAGAAAACCACCAACGCCAAUGUUAAACUCGUCGAUGGUGACAACGUCGCCAAAGGUAACGGGUACGCAACAUUUCGCAUGGCAAAUAACAACGGCCAAAAUCCCAACGGAAAUUACAACACCAAUGUUCAUGUUGACAAAGUUGUAUCUCGUGGUGGUGGUCGCGGCAUCUUCUGCGUUUCACAAUCCGGAGCAACAGUCAUCGAGAGCGUCGACCUCUCUAGCAACGGAAAUAAUGCUAUACUCAUUGAGAACUGCUACAAUCUAUCGAUCCGCGGAGGCACUGUCAAUGGAGGUGGAGAAGUACGUCUUGCGGCCCGCGACGAGUUUCCCAAUAACCGCGACAUUUGGAUCACCUUAACAGUAAACAAUAACUCCGUCCGUGAGUCUCCUUGCGGUGAAAAUACCAAUUGGACAAUCGAAGGUAAUGCCAGCAAGAAUAUUUGCUAG